AUGAAUAUCAGUGGCUUUGAGUUGGUUCAGCCGGUUUCUUCUGCCUUUUGCCGAAAUGGAUAUUGCAGUGCCAUUAUCCCCCUGUGUUUUGCUGGAAUCAGCGCGGGAUGUGCACGGAACCGUUCCACUUUGGGGUGGCGACACUUUUCGUUCGGUGAACAUGUCUGCCAUGCCUGUUUCGAGUUACUUAGUCAGCAGAAUAAAUACCAGGGGGAUGAUUCUGUGUGGCGGCAUCGAAUGAGCGCCUGGCGCAGGGAGCGACUGCGUAUGUGUAGUGUGUCUGGAAGACAGUCUGCUCCAACUGCUUUGGAUUUCCUUGCUUCACAACUUCUGCCUUGGUGGCUUCAAUGUAAAGAAUGUGGUCGUUGGCGUCAACUCCCUCCGCGCACUCCAAUAGGAGCACCAGACUCCUGUUUCCAUCCGGCAAGGUUCACGUGCAAGGAAGUGGUAAAGUUUUGCGGAGACCCAUGUUCAUGGCCGACUGACGAACGGACAACGUUGGUGUUAAGUAGGCAUCGUGACUUUCUAGCCAGUAUUCAGUCACAUGCCUGGUUGCAAGUUGUGCCUUCUCACGAAACACUAUCUACGUAUGGAGUCGACUUAACUGGUCUAUCGGUGGAUCCGCUUCCUGGUUUUCCGGUGGAAGGGAACACCCUAAAAGAUCAAGGCAUCUUCAAAUCCCGCGACAACUGGAUCUUCUCUCCUGUGGAUAUUCAAGCAUGGGAACGUGCAGCCUUUCCUGAAAUGGUCCGGUUCCCUACCCUCUACCUGGCCGUCAGAAACAUGCUUCUAUGUCUGUGGUUCGCCAAUCCCAAUCGUUUCUUGACCAGUCGGCUUGUCGCGGAACACUGUUUCAUCAGAGGCCUUUUACGGAUCGCACUUUGCGAGUACUGGAUUCCACGUCUUCUUGAAGAGUUUACCUGUCGUGGGUACAUCAAUUUCGGGGCUUGUGAACUACCACCAAUCUCAAAUGAAGUUGGUCCAAACAUAUCCAUCCGAAUUGUCGGUCGGCCACAUCUGACCAGUGCGGUUGCUACACGGCAGAUUUUGAACAGCCUUUUUGCACGGAGAAAAUGCAGCCCUUCUGCUCCCACUGUCACUGAACUGGGCAAUACAUAUCAAACAUUCCGCGUUGGUUUCCACCCCAUAGCUUCCACUUUUGAUGAACGCAAGGAAGAGCUUAACUCACUUUCUGAAAUAUGCUUGAAACUGUCGCCUAGCUCCACCGAUCCCCAAUGCCCGAGCGCUGAGCCCUCCCAACAGAACUCACCUAGUGAACCAUGUGCCACAGCGAAAUCUAGGUCGCAGUUAAAUGUCCCCCUGUCAGCUCAGACACUUGAUGGCGAUUCGAAUGACAUUCAUCAACUCAUCCUCCCCGCCCACGCAUGGACAGAUCGUGUGUACUCACACGAACUCCAUCCCAUCACCAGCUUAGCCAAACAGGCCCGCCUCCGUCUACGACCAGUGGAUCGCGUCCUGGUUUUGUCAAUCAACACCGAUGCUGAUAGUGGUGUGACAGCGCUAGAGGCAGUCCAAUCCAGUACAAUGGUACGAAUGGAGUUCCAUGUCGAGGCUGUGCUUGACAUGAUCGCUCAAAUGUUCGAUCCGGAAUCAGCAGUCAGUUUGCCUCCGAUUGGUGUUAAGAAGUCCGUGCAGGAAUCGUGGGAUUACUUUGAUUUGCAAGUUCGUGACCGUCUGACGGAUCUUGACAAUUCUCAAGUAGAGAAACAGUUAGUCGAGUUUCACUUGGCAGCUGUGGAGUAUGAUCUAACCGAACCGCUCACGACGAUUCUGCGACCAAAUUCUUGUUCGUUCCCGACGGCUCGCCUGGACCAGCUUCCUGCUGAGCGAUACACCGAAUUCUUUAAUGACUCCGAGAAUUCCGCCCAAAAUGGCAGCAUUUUUUCCUGGUCUCCUCACAUUUUUUCCUGGUCUCCUCAGUGGCUCUCCUGCCAGCCCGGUAGAAAUGGAGCUACUGCGAGUGAGCUAUCAGCUGCGUUGCUGCCUCAUGGAGAUCAUGGUACAGAGCUUCCCGGGAACAUCAUUGGAAUCAGUAGCGUCCAUGAAUUUGCAUCUUCUGAAGAUAACGAACAACCGCAUAUUGCGUCUACACCGCUUUUGAACGACCUGGCAGCAACGACCAGUGCUCCGCCCGCAACAGACGGUCCAACUUCAACCAAGGUGUACGACGGUUCUGCUUUCAAGUCUUUACGGUUGCACACAGAUGAUGGCGAUACCCAAGCUGUUGAUUGGGUUAUUCUCACAUGCCCAACUGAGAAGUUGCGCCUGGUUUUCUCCGACGAUAUGCACACGAUUCAAGAAUUAUUGAACUACUCCAAAGGACGACUUGCUUUCAGUACACCGCCUUCCUUCCCUCUCUUCCUGCCGCCAUCCCUGCGUCCUCUGCUUGUGGAGCAUGACGAGUGUGAAGCUGAAGACAGCACAACUGUCAACAAACCCGUAAGCUUGAGUGUGCCAGAUGCAAUCACCCCAGCCCGUUUGAUCACGAUCACCUUGGUCUAUUCAUCAGCUUGGUGGCGAGCUAUCAUAAGUGACCUCAGAGCUAAAGUGAUCAAACUGGAUGACGACAUUGUCAAGCCUAAUGCUGGUGAUGGUGGGGGUAGCACAAAUUUGUCCGCUGAACUUUUCGCGCUAUUGCCAACUGACAGAGAGAAUCGGGGCUUCUGCCAUGUCUUUCGUGACAUGUGUCCAAGCCUUCAGUCUCCCGGCGUGCUGCAGACACAGAUUUUCGCCGCGGCUGCCGACCAUUGGUGGGACAAAAGUGAUAUACUUCUCACCGCAACUGUUGAUCGACACCUCAAAGUGCUAACGUCACACAUGGAUAACUCUGGCACCGAGGAUACCAUGCGUCUCGUGUGCUAUCACGUGGCUCGUUUGGAGCAUCGCAACCGCACGUUGUCUGCAACACUACCUCGACUUUGCGUUCAGGUGGAAAAUGACCAACAGUUGUUUCUCAAACCUGGUGCUUGGGAGGAACUGGCACGUCAUUGUCACAUUAUCAUCGUUGAUUCGGUGUUUUGCCCCGUAGAGUCCUCUCGUCUUUUCCUUAACCCAUGGACCACGGACGGUGCACGCUCCUUACAUUUGACUUCUUCUGCCAUGGAUACCCUGACUUCUGCCAUUCAAUCGGGUGUCGGGAUGGCGGAGUUCGCCCUUCGAUUCAUGACUUCUUUGGAUACACGUUCUGACGUGCUUGAUUCGGUAACCGGUGAUCACGGUACAAGUCUACUGGAUAGCUCAACCUGUGCUGGAGACUUUACAACUGAAACAAAUGACGCCAACACUUCGCACGAAUCAGAUAGUGAAAUGCAACCGGACGAUUCCUGCUCCGUGAGUGCUCGUGCCAGACGUCUGUUGAAACGAAAACAUCUGGACAAUACUGAGGAUAUUGAGAGCACUUUGGUUACCCCCUAAUUAAUCACCCACCCAAAUUGUACAUUGUACAUACCACUCUUUGUCUCUGUCCUACCCCUAUCUCUGGAAUGCAUUUAUCCUGUUCUAUAGUCAACCUCUACCUGGAGCCAAUGUAUCGCUGUACAGGUCUGUUACUUUGUGUAUGUACUGUCUACAAAACUAUUUUUUAC